AUGGAUCCACUGAAGUAUAUCUUCCACAAGGCGAUGCCGACCGGAAAGUUAUCUAAGUGGCAAAUGUUUUUGAGUGAAUUUGACAUUGUGUAUGUGACUCCAAAAGCGAUAAAGGCACAGGCUUUGGCUGAUCAUCUUGCAGAAAAUCCCAUUGAUGAAGAAUUAUUCUUUGAUGGAGCGGAAAAUCAUCAAGGUAAAGGUAUUGGAGCAGUCUUAGUGUCAGAAUCUGGUCAGCACUACACCAUGGCAGCUAAGCUCCAAUUUAAUUGCACGAACAACAUGGCUGAAUACGAAGCUUGUAUUCUUGGGUUGAAGAUGGCCAUCGAUAUGAAUGUUUAUGAGUUGUUUGUUAUUGGAGACUCAGAUCUGUUGAUUCAUCAAGUUCAAGGAGAAUGGGCCGUGAAGAACGCAAAGUUUAUGCCUUACGUACAGUGUGUACAAAAGUUGUGCAAAAGAUUUCGCAAGAUCGAGUUCAGACAUACUCCCAAAAUACAGAAUGAGUUGGCUGAUGCUCUCGCCGCCAUCUCUUCUAUGAUUAAACAUCCGGAUACAGAUUAUAUUGAUCCUCUAUAUAUAGAGUUGAAAGAACAUCCAGUCCAUUGUUCUCAUGUUGAAGCAAAACCAGACGGUUUGCCUUGGUAUUUUGAUAUAAAGAAGUAUUUGGAGUGUGGAACUUAUCCCGAAGAUGCUACAUCUAAUCAGAAGAAGUCGAUACGCCGUAUGGCUCUUAAUUUCUUUCUGAGUUGA